UUAAUACACAGUGUUUCAGCAAAUGAUGUUGCGGAAACCGCCCUGCUACGGGCUAGGUUAAGCGGAAACGCGCUUUUUAAUUUGUUCGGACUGCCCACCUGCGGCCGCCGUAGAAACCGUCCCCGAAAAUGGUGGAGAAGAAGACGUCGGUCCGCUCGCAGGACCCUGGCCAGCGGCGCGUGCUGGACCGCGCCACGCGCCAGCGCCGCCUCAGCCGGCAGCUGGAAGCCUUGGAGAAGGACAACUUUCAGGACGACCCGCAUGCCAGCCUGCCGCAGCUGGCCAAGCGGCUACCGCAGUUCGACGACAACAACGAGUCAGGUAAAAAAAGAAAGAAGACUCGUGGAGAUCACUUCAAGCUGAGGUUCCGGAAGAACUUCCAAGCCUUGCUGGAGGAGGAGAACCUGAGCGUGAGUGAGGGUCCCAACUACCUGACGGCAUGUGCGGAGCCCUCCAAGCUGCCUCAGCGCCACUUCUGCACCGUGUGUGGCUUCCCGUCGUCAUACACCUGCGUGUCCUGCGGGGUGCGCUAUUGCUGCGUCCGCUGCCUGGGCACACACCAGGAGACCAGGUGUCUCAAAUGGACGCUAUGAGGACGCCUGGUGGGCUGAGGCGGCCGCCGGGUGUGGGAUAGCUAAAACCCCCCCCACUACCAGGGACCCUAACCACUGCAGCACAAGAAAGUUCCGGAAACGAACAGAAGGGCCAGCUCCUGAAUGCACCUGCUGCUGGAUGAAGGCCAGAGGGGGUCAGCCAAAGGAGAUGAGUGUGUUUGGCCACCAGAGGGAGCCACUGAGGAGAUCCCUGGAGAGACUUUAUUUUACCCAGGAUGAGCUUAUUUAACUGUCACCUUUUAACUGAUGUCAGUUGUUAGCAAUUUUAACACCCUUUGCCCACGUUUGUAGGGCUUUUUAAAUAUCAAUUGGUUACGUCCUGUACCUCAUGGGUGAUCUGAUUAUGCAUCGGCCCGUAAACUCGCUAGUCUGUUGGAUUUGUGUUUCUGAUCCAUUCACAAUGUCACGUUUAACACCUUGGAAACCCUGGUGUGAAACCGGACACUGUUUUAAUAUUGAAAUAUGAGUUGAAUUCUUAGUCAUUUGGUCAUCAGUCAUGAUGACACGUUGGCUGUGAGAUCAGUUGAGCUGAGAGGCCAUGGGCUGCAUCAAGCCUUCCAAGUCUGUCCGUAAUGGUGAAAAAUACCUGCAAUAGUGAUGCAUCGGGGGGGGUGGCAGAAUGGAACAUGCUGCUAUUUUUCUGCCUGAACAUGCAAAUGGCAUUAUUUUCUGCUUUAUGCUCAUUUUAAUAAUAAUGCUGCACUCCGAAACCGCAUGUUGACGUAAAUGUUAAUUUGCUAAAUAAAACAAAUUUCAAAAUAU